UGGCUAACUAAACUUGGGAAGCUGCUAGCUAUGUAACGUUAUUGUUACAGCUUUUGAGUUUUUGUUGAAGUAAAUUAGAAUUAUAGUAAGUCUCCAUACGGAGGGAGGUCAUGGUGACUCGUAAACAGAAAAAGAUUAUAAGAUACGUGGAAGAUGGCAGUUUAACGAAGCUGAAGUCCUACUUUCGGAAACACUCCGACCUCGACGUCAACUUCUCCCAGGGGAAAAAGCGCAGGACUCCCCUGCACCUGGCCUGCUCGCUCGGUGAAGACGCCAUCCUCCGGCUUUUGUUGAAGUAUGGAGCCGACAUCCUUCAGAAAGACAAGAAAGGGGACACGCCCCUACACAUUGCUGCUAACAAGGCUCUGAAACAUGGCAAAAAAGGUGAAGGUCUGCCAGUAUUACUAAAAACAAAAAUAUGUAGCUAGAAUAAUAACACGCCUUCUAACCUUGUUCUUUUUUAUCCCCUUUUAUCAUGUAGUAUAUGAUGACUUCGUCGUGCCCCUUCAAAAGAGUUGCCCAGAUGCCAUGGUUGCACCAAAUAAUGCAGGAAUUACACCUCAGGACCUACUGCAAUGGAUGACAUUUGAGAAGGUAUGAAUGUCUCUGCCAUAUGCAUGUGUAAUAGGUUUUUUUAGGACAGAGCUAGGACAUGGUUGUAUUGUGUGCACAUACUUGAGCACUGUUUCUGAUGCUACUUUUCUCCCAAAGACUGCACCGAGGGGGAAGUCUUCAAAAGCGACAGAUGCUGAGAAAGAGUGGCAAGAGAAGCUCUUUGGGGAAUGCCAGGAUGAGUUUUUUGAAACCUUUGGACAAUAUGAUGGUAAUAUUUCACUCUUGAAUAAUGUGAUUAAAUAAUUGUACAUUUGUCAUAUUGAUGUUUUUUUAUUUAUUUGGCAGAUGAUUUAUUUGCGGAAGAUACCGAUGAGGAGGACUUUCAAGACUGGGCAGAUAGAAUUAGACAUGAGUAUGUCACUAAACAGCAUGCAGAGGCUCAAAGACUGGCAUCCUCAGGUUCUCAUGGGAAGAGGAAGAAAGGUGCGGAUGAGGAGGAGCGGGCUAACAGAGAGCUGCAUGAGAGGCUACAGAGGGAGCAUGACGAGUACCUGGCGCGUGCUGCACGGAAAGAGGAGGAGACGCGUCAGGGGAAGAAGCGGCGCUACGAGGAGCGAUGUGCAGAUACCUUCAGCACUGACACUGCAGCAGCGGCCACCACAAAAUUGAGUUAUCGGGACAUCCCCUGGCCGGCACCGAAGGGCUCAAUUGAGGAGAUGGUGGAGGUGAUGCUGCAUGGUGCAGACAGGAAAGACAUGCCAGUGUUCCGUAAACUCCUCAGGCGCCAGCAGACCGUUUGGCACCCCGAUAGGUUUGCCCAGCGCUGUGGGGCCCGGCUGGAGGAGGGAGACAAGCAGAGGAUCCUGGACACUGUCACUGCUCUCUCACAGGAGCUCAAUAGACUGGCUCAGAGCCUCAGGUGACAAAGUCAGACUGGAAUGGAACCUGAGAUAUGAGAUGUUGAACAGUCGGUCAUUUAGCCACUCACGGUCCUGUUCAUGCAGGGCAGUGGUUAUGUUUCAAGUUGUGGUCAGUUGUUUUGAUCUGUCAAAACAAAUUUCCACUUGAAGCACCUAAUUUCUUGGAUAAACUUGGCUGAGCUUCUUAUAUGGUAACUCAAUCUUGUCACCAUGCCAAUGUGUUGAGUGAAUGCCAUAUUUCGCAGAGUGCUGUAUUGUGUUGUGAACUUCUCGGCACUAGGACUUGAUGGAAGAGAUGAUGUUGCUGGAGAGAAUAAGUGUUUGCCUUGUUUAAUUUCUCAAAUUAAUUGAAAAUAAAUAACCUGUGAUUUCUUGAUCACAUAAGUAUUGCUUGAAUCAAUACUUGGAGGAAGCACAUUUGGCAGCA